GGGAAGGGAACGCCCACACUUGCCAGCGGAUGGGCGGGCGUGACCGUCCCCACCCUGCCCCGACUUUCUCCUUUCUUCUGCCCGCUCUGGGAGGCUUGAAGGGCAGCUCGGGCUGGGCCAGGCUGCAGGAGGCCCGAGUGGCCGGGAGCCCCAGGAAGCCGCCGGCCGUCUUGUUCCUGUGGCUCGGUCAGACCCUCAGCCGCCGGGGGACAUCAGCGCCCUGGGGGCCCCUGCAUGUGGAGGGAGACCUUGGCCGUGGCCCAGUGUGUGAGCAGGACCUGAGCAGUGGGUGCUGCCACCAUCGUGCAGGGACCCUCCCACGGGCGACGCGAUGGCCAGGAAGGGAGCGCCUCGGGGGCCCACCCGUCGGCUCUGGUCACUGCCCAGGCGGCGCCGGGCGGCGGCCGAGAGCCCAAAACCAGAUGAAAUCAUGCACCAGGACAUCGUGCCCCUCUGCGCUGCCGACAUCCACGACCAGCUGAAGAAGCGCUUUGCUUACCUGUCCGGUGGCCGGGGCCAGGACGGGAGCCCUGUCAUCACCUUCCCCGACUACCCGGCCUUCAGUGAGAUCCCAGACCAGGAGUUCCAGAAUGUCAUGACCUAUCUCACCGGCAUCCCCAGCUUGCAGGAUGCUGGCGUCGGGUUCAUCCUGGUCAUAGACCGCAGGCAGGACAAAUGGAGCUCCGUGAAGGCGUCAGUCCUGCGCAUCGCAGCGUCUUUCCCAGCAAACCUGCAGCUCGUGCUCGUCCUCCGGCCAGCGGGGUUCUUCCAAAGGACCCUCUCUGACAUCGCGUUCAGGUUCAGCCGCGAUGACUUUAAGAUGAAGGUGCCGGUCAUCAUGCUGGGCUCAGUGCCAGAACUGCAUGGCUACAUCGACAAGUCGCAGCUGACCGAGGACCUCGGGGGGACCCUGGACUACUGCCACUCCCGGUGGCUGUGCCACCGCACGGCCAUCGAAAGCUUUGCCCUCAUGGUGAAGCAGACAGCUCAGAGGCUGCAGUCCUUCGGGACGGAGCUGGCCGAGACUGAGCUGCCCAACGACGUCCAGUCGACGGGCUCAGUGCUGCGCGCACACACAGAGAAGAAGGACAAAGCCAAGGGGGAUCUGCAGUUGGCCCUGAAGGAGGGGCACAGCAUCCUGGAGAGCAUCCGGGAGCCACUGGCCGCGGCCGCGGCUCACAGUGUGAACCAGGACCAGCUGGACAACCAGGCCACCGUGCAGAGGCUCCUGGCACAGCUGAACGAGACCGAGGCGGCCUUUGACGAGUUUUGGGCAAAGCAUCAGCAGAAGCUGGAGCAGUGCCUGCAGCUGCGGCACUUUGAGCAGGGAUUCCGCGAGGUCACAGCCACCCUGGACGCCGUGACCCACAAGAUGGCGACCUUCACGGAUGUCGGCAACAGCCUGGCGCACGUGGAGCACCUGCUGAAGGACCUCGCCAACUUUGAGGAGAAGUCCCGAGCGGCUGUGGACCGCGCCCGCGCCCUGGCGCUGGAGGGCGGCCGGCUCAUCGAGCACAGGCACUACGCCGUGGACUCCAUCCUGCCCAAGUGCCAGGAGCUGCGGCACCUGUGCGACCAGUUUGCCUCGGAGAUCGGGAGGAGGCGGGCGCUGCUGAACAAGUCCCUGGAGCUGCACGGCCUGCUGGAGACGACCAUGAGGUGGUGCGACGAGGGCAUCUUCCUGCUGGCCUCGCAGCCGGUGGACAAGUGCCAGUCCCAGGACGGGGCCGAGGCGGCGCUCCAGGAGAUCGAGAAGUUCCUGGAGACCGGCACGGAAAACAAGCUGCAGGAGCUCAGUGCCAUCUACAAGGAGUACGAGGCCAUCCUCAACCAAGACCUGAUGGCCCACGUGCAGAAGGUCUUGCAGAAGCAGGCGAGCACGCAGGAGAUGUUCCACCGCCGGCAGGCCAGCCUGAAGAAGCUGGCGGCCAGGCAGACGCGGCCCGUGCAGCCCGUGGCCCCCAGACCCGAGGCACUGGCCAAGUCCUCCUGCCCUGCCCCAGGCGGCUGGCGUGGUCCAGAGAGCUCCAGCCCCGAGGGUGGCCCCCUGCGGAGAGGGCCCUACCGGAGGGCCAAGAGUGAAGUGAGUGAGAGCCGGCAGGGCCGCGGCAGCUGCACGGGGGAUGAGGAGGAGAGCCUGGCCGUGCUGCGCAGGCACGUGAUGAAUGAGCUGCUGGACACGGAGCGCGCCUACGUGGAGGAGCUGCUGUGCGUCCUGGAGGGCUACGCGGCGGAGAUGGAGAACCCCCUGAUGGCGCACCUGCUCUCUCCCGGCCUGCUGAGCAAGAAGGGCGUUCUGUUUGGGAACAUGGAGGAGAUCUAUCACUUCCACAACAGGAUAUUCCUGAGGGAGCUGGAGAGCUACACCGACUGCCCGGAGCUGGUCGGGAGGUGCUUCCUGGAGAGGAUGGAGGAGUUCCAGAUCUACGAGAAGUACUGCCAGAACAAGCCGCGCUCCGAGAGCCUGUGGCGACAGUGCUCCGACUGCCCCUUCUUCCAGGAGUGCCAGAGGAAGCUGGACCACAAGCUGAGCCUGGACUCCUACCUGCUGAAGCCCGUGCAGAGGGUCACCAAGUACCAGCUGCUGCUGAAGGAGAUGCUGAAGUACAGCAAGCACUGCGAGGGCGCCGAGGACCUGCAGGAGGCGCUCAGCUCCAUCCUGGGCAUCCUCAAGGCCGUCAACGACUCCAUGCACCUCAUCGCCAUCACCGGCUACGACGGCAACCUCAGCGAGCUGGGCAGGCUGCUGAUGCAAGGCUCGUUCAGCGUGUGGACCGACCACAAGCGGGGCCACACCAAGGUCAAGGAGCUGGCACGGUUCAAGCCCAUGCAGCGCCACCUGUUCCUGCACGAGAAGGCCGUGCUCUUCUGCAAGAAGCGGGAGGAGAACGGGGAGGGCUACGAGAAGGCCCCGUCCUACAGCUACAAGCAGUCCUUGAACAUGGCCGCCGUCGGCAUCACCGAGAACGUGAAGGGCGACAGCAAGAAGUUCGAGAUCUGGUACAACGCCCGCGAGGAGGUGUACAUCGUGCAGGCGCCGACGCCUGAGAUCAAGGCGGCGUGGGUGGCGGAGAUCCGGAAGGUGCUGACCAGCCAGCUGCAGGCUUGCAGAGAGGCCAGCCAGCACCGGGCGCUGGAGCAGUCCCAGAGCCUGCCUCUGCCCGCGCCGGCCAGCACCAGUCCCUCGAGAGGGAGCACGAAAAACGUCAAAAAGCUGGAAGAACGGAAGACCGACCCCCUGAGCCUGGAGGGCUACGUGGGCUCCUCACUGCCCAAGGCCCCCGAGAAGGGCCAAGCUUCUCCCACCAGUCCUGACAAAAAAGCUAAGCGACAUGAAGUAAAGAGCGACCCAACUCCUUUUGGUCUGCGAGGCUGGAGCAAAACCUCGCACUCGCUGGAGGCCCCCGAGGACGACGGCGGCUGGUCAAGUGCCGAGGAGCUGGUGAACUCGUCUGACGCGGAGGACGACGGGGGCCUGGGUCCCCGGAAGCUGGUCCCGGGCAAGUACACGGUGACGGCCGACAGCGAGAAGGGGGGCCCGGGCACGCUGGCCGUGAAGGGCGGGGACGUGGUGGAGGUGGUCGAGGAGGGCGCCGAGGGCCUCUGGUACGUGCGGGACCUGACGAGCGGCGCCGAGGGCUGGGUGCCGGCCGGCAGCCUGAGCGGCCUGCUGCGCAAGUCGGGCUCGGCGCAGUGUCUGAGCAGCUCAGAGUCGAGCCCGGGCUCGGCCGCCCUGAGCAACUCGUCGAGCUGCAGCGAGGGCUGCCACGCCGCCUUCUCUGACCUGCAGGGCUAGCGGCGGACGCCUGAGGCCGCGGCGCCCCGGACCCCGCGAGCGAGCGGCGCCCACGACCCCGGCAGCUCGGCCCGAGCCGCGCGGCCGGCUCCCGGGCGGCACGUCUCCCGUCCCCCGAGGCGGGCCCGGAGGUGGACGGCGCAGGGCCACGCCGGCCCCACGCGUCCGGGCGGGAACGGCGCGUGGGCGGGGUCGCUUCCAGGAGGAGCCCCGACCCCCGACCAAAAACCCGAGCAGAGACGGCCGGGGCGCUCGCGGCCGGCACGGAUUCCUGGUUGUCUGAGCAGGGAUUGAUCCCGUGGCCGUUUUUGCGUGCCCUGGCCUCACGUCUUUACCAAGAAUCACUGUGUUUACAUGACAUGACAAUUUGAUACUGUAUUUGAUAUAAAAGUAUUUUUUGUUACCGGGGUUUACAUCCAACCACGCUGUUUUUACCGCCGAGGGACGCGGGGACGCCCGGGCCGCGGGGGCAGGUUCCGCCCUCACAGGAGAGUGGCGCUGUCACCUCAAACCUCAGCCUUUCCUACAGACGCUGGGGCUCGCUGACGGACAUUCCUGGCCCUGAACGAACGUGGAGGCAGAGUGCGGGGUCCCGCGAGGGCCGACGCCGGCCCGACGCCGGCCCGACCCCGGCGUGCGGGCGCCGUGUUCCCCUCGGCCCCGGGCCAGACGCGUGAGCACAGCGAGUUCACCGACCACGGCCAGACUGGACCAGGAGCUCGGGUUCCUUGCUUGUGUUUCUGACACAGACCUGUUCUCGGAUGCCCUUCUGCAGCCCUCUGGGCACACGUUUGUGUGAUCAUGUGUGUUCAUGUAUGUUCAUGUGUGUGACAUGCAGUCCUUGCAGAUGUAGCCAUCGUCCCCUUGCUGCUGAGCGCGGGUCUACACAGCCCUUCCCGCUCCGGCGCCCCCCACCGUGGGAGCCUGGGCUUCGCCGGCUCCGCCCCGCCCCGCCCCGCCCCCACCCUGGGCACCCAAAGCCAGCCCUGGCCGGACCUCCAGAGCGCGGGAGGACAGCAGGACGCGCGCCCCUGGCGCCCGAGCUGUGGGAGCCGCUCCUCUGCGCCCCCCCCCCCCCAAGGCACUUUAAACGUCGCGUUCCAUCCACUGUUACUGUUACUUUUUUUACUGCUGAUGUAAAUGAAAUUUAAAGCGCAGAGUCUCUAUUGUAUGCAGUCUGAAUAAAUACCGGCGAGCUCC